AUGGAACCAAGUCUAGACUGGGUCGUGUUGGCCGCAAAGGUUACACAGACCGCUCUUAUACUAGUGUUGCUCUCAUGGAUGUCUCGUAGCAUCUAUCGUCUCUACUUUCACCCACUAUCAAAGUUUCCAGGUCCAAAACUCGCUGCCAUAUCAGAUUUAUAUUAUGCCUAUACAUUUACGAGCGGUCGCUGGCCCUUCAUCGCCGAGAACCUUCACCGCAAGUACGGCCCGGUGGUUCGCAUCUCGCCCAGGGAGCUGUCUUUCGCUACCGUUGAGUCUUACCGGGACAUCUACCAGUAUGGCAUGCGAGACAAGAGCAAGAUCUUCAUCAAGGGCGAGACAUAUGCAAACAGGGGAAAUAUACAUAUCCAGAACGCGAGGGAUCCAGAUCAGCACGCCAAAAUUCGCAAGAAGCUCGCGCCAGCUUUCAGCACCAAGGCUCUGCGCGACCAAGAGGAUAUCGUACAGCACCAUGUGGACACAUUCAUUGCCCAGCUAGGCAAGAUGGGAGAACCGGGUGGGCCGGGCAUUGAUCUCAAAGAGGCCUUUGAAUGGUUGACGUUCGAUAUAGCCGGCGACCUCACAUUCGGCGAGCCCUUCGGCGCUACAGCAGAAGGCAAGACGCAUUUCUGGAGCUCUGUGAUUCAGCAAGCCUUCUACUUGACAGCCAUUUCGACGUUGCGGAAGCGCAUACCCGCCAUCAUACUCCUCGUACUAUGGAAUAUGCCCAAGGGUUUUGCACAGACUAGAAAGCACCACGAACAGAUUACAGAACAGAAGGUGCGCCGCCGGCUGGAGAUAGGUGACACACGGCAGCGUGCCGACUUCUUCGGCCACCUCUUCAAUACUGAGCAGCAGGAACAACUGGGCGGCGUCGCCUCUGCGGACUCGAUAUAUAACGACAUGGUUGCCAACGCCCAGAUUCUUAUGGUUGGCAGCGCCGAGACGAUCAAGGGCUUCUUCUUGGCCGUGUCUUACCUCCUGAUGCAACACCCGGAGUGUCUCGCUAAGCUGACCUCCGAGGUACGGUCGAAAUUUGCCACGGCGAGCGAGAUCACGGGGCAAUCGACAACGCCGCUCCCCUACCUUAACGCUGUCAUCGAGGAGGGGCUCCGCAUAUUCCCCCCUGUGCCUACCGGGCCCGAGAGGAUAGUGCCCUCGGGCGGUGCCAACGUGAGCGGCUACCACGUGCCCGGUGGCACCACCGUGGCUACGCACCAAUACGUCACAGCACACGAUCCCAAGUACUGGCACGAGCCGGGCUCGUUUCUGCCGGAGAGGUGGUUAGGGGAGGGUUUCGGGGACCGGAAGGAAGCCUCUCAAACCUUUUCACUAGGGCCGAGGGGCUGCAUUGGCAUGAACCUGGCAUACCUGGAGAUGCGGAUCACGCUGGCGAAGAUGGUUUUCGCUUACGACUGGCAACUGCUGAGCAAGGACGUCGAUCUGUUUAGGGAUAGUCAGAUGUAUAUCACAUGGUUUACGCCGGAGGUACGAGCGGUAUUUCAUCCCAGGGAAGAUUGA